GAGGCCAUGAAGGAUAGCAGCGGUGCGUCCUCCAAAAACAGGGAAAAGAAGGAGCGUUUGUGGGCAGCAUCUGGAGGAGCCUUCAGAUUGGGACAGACUUCGUGCUGUGUUGUGAUGUAAUUGGCCUUCAGAUGCUCCUCUGAAGGAUGCAGACCCUGAACUGAGACACAGCAACAGUGCAGCCAGUGAACGACACCUGUCAGACCGUAAAGCUGUGAUCAACAAACACGUGUUUGGAAAGUCACAGGAACAAGGAUAUAAAAUAGGAAUUUUUUGUCAAAGCCUUUGAAAAGAGUCAGAUACAUUCCAAAAGAGCUGGUCCUGAACUGGGUCAGUCGCAAAAAGCAGAUGUUCAGUUGCUUUUCUGUUAUAACACGUUUAAAGACAGAAAGUGAGAAGAAUCUGACGCAGUCAUCAUAAAUUAUCCAAUUAGUUAAAAGAUGUGCAUCCGAUCUGUAAAGUUACUGUGCACCAGAACGUGGACAACACCACCAUCAUUGGCCGAAUUACAAAGAACAAAGAGAGCAGAAGUGCUCUGAAGUUUGGCUCUAUGGCAGCGGAUACUUCUGCUCUUCAGUCAGUAAUGUGGAUUGUUACACCUUACGUGACAUAAGUGCUGUCACCGCGGUGGACAGGAGGUCGCGUGGCUCGUCCUGCUCAGUCGCCUCCUGGAUCCACACACUUUUUAUAUAUCAUAACUUGUAUCAGAUAUUCUGUCAAUGCAACUCGUUGUUCUUUUCUGUACAUGCGACAUCGACUGUGUGUCUGUCCGUCCUGGGAGGGAGAUCCUCCCCUGUGGCUCUUCUUGAAGUUUCUUCCAUCUUUUCUUUUCUCAGAAUGUGAAGUUUCUCCUCACUAGACUUGAAGGUCAGAGGUCGGAGGAUGUGGUUCACUGUACGGACCUCAGCUUUAACCAGAACGUAUUUAAAGACUCAUCGGUUUUGCCCCGUUUGGACCUCUGGAUUCUGAUGAGCGCAGGCAGCCGUGUGCCUCGGCUUCCCUGCACUCAUGGCUCGGCUCUCUCUGGCAGAACUGGGCCUGCUGCUUCUGUUGGUGCUGGCCUUGAUAACCACUGCUGAGGCAAGACGAAACAGGCAAAAGACACUGAGGAGGAGGAAGAGAGAAUGGAUCCUUCCUCCUUCUAAGCUCUAUGAGAACACCGACUACAGGAACCGGUCGUUCAUUGCUAAGAUUCGCUCUGAUAAAGAGCAACUGGACAAAGUGAGGUAUUCUCUCACAGGAGUAGGAGCUGACCAGCCUCCCUACAACCUGUUUGUUGUGAACCCUGUCACUGGCUUUGUACGCAUCACCGAUAUGGUGGACCGGGAGAAAUACCCAUCCUACAAUCUAACAGGUGUUGCCAAAUUCUUAAAUGGGUCCAUGGCAGAGCCUGAAAUACCGCUGGUUGUCCAAAUCCUGGACAUGAACGACAACGCUCCUUACUUUGAGUUACAUUCUGGCAACAUCACAGAGUCCAGCGAAAGAGGAACCUUUGUGAUGCAGAUCGAGGGGAAGGAUGAAGACCAGGAAGGAACAAUUAAUUCAGAGCUUUCCUAUAAAAUCAUCAGUCAGGAGCCAAAAGGCCACGAAGACAUGUUCUAUAUAGAGCAGAAGACGGGCAAACUGUUUGUCAGGGAGCCAACACUGGACAGAGAGACUAUUGACUUCUAUAAACUGGUGAUAACUGGGACUGAUAUGGCAGGGGGUCCGACCGGGCAAGUAGGGACUGGAACCGUGGAGAUCAAGGUCCUGGACAUCAACGACAACUUUCCCACUCUGGAAAAAUCUGAGUACCAAGGCUCAGUGGAUGAAAACGUUAAGGAUGUUGUUGUGAUGAGGAUCAAAGCUCUGGACAAAGACCUCAAAUUCUCGGACAACUGGACCACUGUCUUUAAAAUCGAAAAAGGAAAUGAGGACGGGCUCUUCUCUAUUGAGACGGACAAAACCACCAACGAGGGCAUCCUGAAGCUGAUUAAGCCUGUGGACUUCGAAGAAGUCCAGAAUCUUGAGCUUGGCCUCUCCAUCGAAAAUGUAGCUCCUUUUGUUGAGGGUGGUCCAAUAAUGAUGGAUGUGGGCGUUCAGGCUGGAGAGGGUAACCCUAUGGGAGCUGGAGCUGGUGCCGGAGCCGGUGCCGGAGCCGGUGCUGGAGCCGGUGCCGGUGCCGGUGCCGGUGCAGGUGCUGGAGCCGGAGCCGGUGCUGGUGCCGAUGCCGAUGCCGAUGCCGAUGCCGAUGCCGGAGCUGGUGCUGGAGUUGGUGUUGGUGUCGGAGUUGGAGUCGGAGCUGGUGUGGGAUUGGGUGCAGAUUUGGGAGUAGAUGCUGACGUAAGUGCAGAGUUGGAUGCAGGACUUAAACCUGAGUUAGGGCUAGGGCCAGUUGGGGCUGGACUAAAGCCAGGCGGCAAACCACGUCCAAAGCCGAAGUCAAAGCCAAAGCCAAAGCCAAAGGAAAAGCCAGAUCCAAAUAAACCAAAGAGCUAUCCCAUUAAGAUAGCAGUAAAUAACAUGCCAGAGGGUCCAGCAUUUAAACCCGAAACCAAGAAGGUUCCUGUAUCAGAAGAUCCAAAUGAUCAACCUGAGGAUGGUGUGAUCACCGUGUUCGCUGCCAUCGAUCCAGACACAGGAAAAGUCGCUGAAGAUGUAAGUUAUGCCAAAGCCUAUGACCCAGAUAACUGGUUUACCAUCGAUGAGAAGACAGCUGAGAUUAAACUCAACAAGCAGCCGGAUAGAGAGUCGCCCUUCUUGAAGAACGGCACCUACAUUGCCAAGAUUCUGGCCAUGACUGACGACAUGCCAUCAAAGACAGCCACGGGAACAAUAGCCAUUCAAGUCACCGACUCCAACGACCACUGUCCCACCCUGGCCGCCAGUCGCAGCAGUGUGUGCGAUAAUAAAAAAACUGUUUAUGUCACCGGCUUUGACGAGGACGCGAGCCCCAACGCUGCUCCAUUCAAAUUCAAAAUUAUACCUGAUGGGACACGUGGUAACUGGGAAAUAGAAGUCAUCAAUGCCACGACUGCUGCCGUUCACUCACUUGAGGCUCUGUGGCCUGGCAAGUAUGAGCUGCAGCUGGAGGUGUUCGAUGCUCAGGGUCUGUCCUGCCCAACCCAUGAAGUGUUCACUCUGGACGUUUGCACCUGUGUGGACACAGAAGACUGCGGCAGCAGAAAAACAGGAGCCUUAAAAGGAGACGGGACGACGACCACAUCGUCUAAUUUCUCUGGACCAGCCAUUGGCCUGAUGCUAGUGGGAAUAUGCUUACUGAUGUUCAUCCCUCUUCUCCUGCUGUUCUGCCAGUGUGGAGGAGCGGACACCAUCUUUCCUGACCAGUUUAGCGAUCUGCCAUUUGACGCCAAGGAGCAUCUCAUUUCCUACCACACUGAAGGCAAAGGCGAAGACAAGGAAGUGCCACUCCAAAGCAUCCCUGUCAUGUUGGCUAAACAGACGAAAGUUGAAACAGCAGCAGCACCAAACUUCAGCAGCGCUCCUUCGAGAUUCACUGAAACUCAUCAGGCGACAUCCUACCAUGAAUCUUUUCAGAAGUUUCAGGAAACCAGCCAAAGUUUGACAGAAUUCGACAACUCCUACUUUUUAUCAAGGGGAUCGUUCAACCAGGGCAGUGCUGCAUACAGGCAAACACAUGGCACCCAACACAUCACAGCUCUGUACGACGAAAUUGCCCUACCUGACACUUUCCUCGAGCAAUACUACACGCAGAAAGCGGUAUGUUCAGUGCCAGUGAAGGACAGUCUGCUGCUGUAUGAUUAUGAGGGCAAGGGCUCAUCUGCUGGCUCAGUGGGCUGCUGCAGUCUCCUGGAGUCUGACAACGACCUGCAGUUCAUCAACAACCUUGGGCCAAAGUUUAAGACUCUGGCUGAGAUCUGUGUUCCUCCUCCUCCUCCUACACCAACACCCAAACCCUCUGUGACAGCCAAAGUAGUAAAUACUGUCAAAGCCACUGUUGACAUUGUUGAACCGGUUGUUAAGCCUAAAAUUGUUGAGACAAAACAUACCGACAUAAAGACAGAGAAAGUCGUGUCAUCAACUAACAUCUCAAAAUCUUCAGUCAGCACUGUCAGCUCUGCCCUGUCAUCCACGACACCUCCUCACUCCAAGGUUACUAACAUCAGUCAUUCCUCCAACAUCAGUCAGUCUGCUACUCUGCCUCAUCAAACUCAGAGAAUGGUUCUACAGCAGCAGCCAGUUUACUACACUACCAGUCCUGUACUACAGCCCAUGCACUAUGUAGUUCAACCACAGCUUCAGAACACAGUUCUGCUGGCAGAUGGGAUGCAUGGUGCCAAUUUUCCAGGCUAUUAUGUAGUCAGUGGACCCCAGACUUCUUCCUCUAGUCUUGUAAUUGGUGGACCCCAGACUCCUUCCUCUGGACUUGUAAUCAGUGGUCCCCAGAGUCCCUCGUCCAAUAUCGUUAUUGGUGGUCCCAAGAGUUCCUCCCCCAGUAUCGUUAUUGGUGGUCCCCAGAGUUCCUCCUCCAGUAUCGUUAUUGGUGGUCCCCAGAGUCCCUCCUCCAAUAUCGUUAUUGGUGGUCCCCAGAGUCCCUCCUCCAAUAUCGUUAUUGGUGGUCCCCAGAGUUCCUCCUCCAGUAUCGUUAUUGGUGGUCCCCAGAAUCCUUCCUCCAGUCUCGUAAUUGGAGGACCCCAACAUCCCCCUUCUGGGCUUAUCCUCCAGGGCUCAAUGAGCCCUAAAAGCCCUGGUAGCCCCACUAGCCCAGUCAGCCCCACCCUGUUGCUACCUGUGAGCCCAGGUGUGCCUCAGGGCUCAGGCCCUGUGGAUGGCUGGAAAGUGAUAGGACCAAAUCCUAAUGGUAAUUACAUGUUAGUUAUGGAUAAGAAGAGUCCGAGGGACACAGAUGGCGGGGACCCAGGCUCAUCUCAGGGCACUUUGCCCAGAGGUGCUAUCCUGGUAAAAGAGGCUGCUCCCCCUCAGGGGGCGUUCGGCCCAGCAGCCAUGGGGAAUGUGUGUACUGUUCUGCCGGGACACACUCUUGCUAAUGCAGCGGGUGUUGUUGCUGUAAAUAGAAAUUUGGGGCAAUCAUGGAUUGGGCAGUCUGGGCAGAUGGGGUUAGGGCCGGUCGCUGUUUUGGGGGUUGGUGCUGGGCAACCACAAAUGGGAAUGGGACAGGUAGUUACAAUGAAGCCAGAAGGCAGGCAAACUGGAAUUCGGCCGUCUGAGAUGAGUUCAGUUGGGAUGAGGCAGGUCAGCGUAAACCAGUUCCAUACAGUUCCUCCACUGGAGCAAACAGUGGAUGCCAGUGGUAUUCCAAAAGCAUGUAGAAUAGAUUUACCGAAGGAAGGCGGGACCAUCAAUGAUGUAAAUAGCGUCAUCACUCCUCCGCCUUUAAAAGAAGAUAUUAAGACGCAAGCUGGCCACAGUGCAUCUGAAGACAAUGAGAGUUUUCAGGCGUAUCCAACACAAACAUCAGUUGCUAAUCUUGAGAAAGAUGCUGUGAAAUCAUUACCGGGGCCAGAUGUACUGCAGACAUCAUUAGAGCAGUUUGGCACAGUGGCAGAGAAACCAGGAGAUACAAUGGAAGAAAUAGUGUCAGGUCAGAUGAAUGAAAUCCCAGAAGCUCCAUCAAGCAAUUUAACAGAUGUAAUAAGUCUGACAGCAGAAUCCAAACACCUGCAAGAAAACACAGAGGAAGAAACCAAGGCCCCACAACCUGAGCAGCAGGAGAAUCAUGUUUCCUCCGAAGGUUUUUCCAAGGAAGAUAACUCUGUGGUCCCUGAAAUGUCCUCCAAAGAAGAUGUCCUACCUGGAUCACAUGUUACUGAUUUAGUUAAUACAGAAGCAGAGAUUGAAGAGACAAUAGCAUCUCCUCAAGAAGAAGAAGCCGCUACUUCAGACGAUCAAACACAUUGUAGCACAGUGAAACCUGUUCAGCUCAGCAUACCUGAAGGUCCAAAUGACGUAGUUGAAGCUGAAGUUUCGUCAGAACCACAAUCGAAUGAAGUCACAGAGGAUCAAAGUGGACGGGAGCUUGAUGAAGAGGUCACUCCAGCACAGACAGACGUUUCAGACAUUGAAACACGUCAGGUUAUUGCAGCAUCUGAUAGUAUCGAGGCAGAAGAAAAUGUGGAGGAAAGUGUCACCAGUCAAGCACAUGAAGAGGCUGAAGCUGAGAAGGAGCAAUUGUUAGAUUCUGGAGGGGGACUCAGUUGUGUGGAAGGUGAACUGUCAGUAACAGAUGCUGUGAAUGAAUCUGAAGCAGGGCCCGACCCUGAUCAGAACACAGUGCUGGAACUACAGGUGAAUCCUAGUGAAGCAAACACACAUAUUGUUGAUGCUGAAGCAAAACCACCAUUGCAGACUGUGUGCCAUGAGGAAGAAGAUCUGGAGACUUCAGAUUUGAUGUCCACAUCAGAAGAAAUUGGAAAUGCACAAGCAGCGGGCUCGGAUUUACCAACCAUUUCAACAUCAGGGCAACUUCUACAUACAGCAACAGACAUUGGCCACAAUGAGGAAGAUGAUGAUGAUGAUAAUACAACAACAGAGGCAGGAGGAGAAAAGGAUCAAGGUGAAGGUGGUACAACUGAUGAAAAGGAACAGGAGAUAAGUAUGGAGGAAGAAGUGUCACCGCAGAGUUUAAGCGCCUCAGAUGACCAAGAUGAAGAAAUCGAAAGACAAGAUGCGUUGAGCACAAGUUCUCAGAUGGAGGAUAAGUUCAUCUCUGACGACAGCGUAUGUGAUGAAGAGAAAGACGAGGCUGCUGUGGAGGAAAUUACUUCACCUGCAGAGCAAAAUAUAGUUAUCUCAGAAGACCAAGACCAAGAGAGUGUGCAAGAAGAUGAAUCUCACAAGAGUUCACCAGCUGACGAAUCCUUUAUUGCAGACAAUGCAGGCGAGACUGUGGAGGUAGUGUCAUCACCACUACAGCAAAAUGUUAGCAUCACAGUCGACCAAGAUGAAGAGAAUGAAAGAGAAGCUGCGUCACGAAGAAGUCCUCCACUGGAUGAUCUGCUCAUCUCAGACGACAGCAUGAGAGAGGGAACGGAAGAGGAGGAAGAGGUGCCACAGCAAACGACUCGCAUCUCAGAUGAAGACGAAGACAAAAAAAAAGAAGACGCUUCUGAAACAGGUUCACAAGAGGAGGACAAGCUCAUUGCAGUUGACAGCGAUGGAGAGAAAGAGGUGCCACCCACACAGGAGCAAGAUGGAGAGAGCGACAGAGAAGAUGCACAGGGAACAAGUCUUCAGUUGCAGGAUCAUGUCACGUGCUCAGAUAACAAAUGUGAUGCUGAAAAGCAGGUUAUUGUGACGUCACCUUUGCAGCACAACACAAGUGUCCCAGACCAACAUGAUGACCAAGAUGGUGAAGAGGCAAAAGAGGAGACAUCAGUCACAAGUUCUCACUUAGAGCAAGAAGGCAUAAGGCCUCACGAGAUGUUAGAAGAGGACGCACCUUCUCUAGAGAGUGAAUGUUUGGAGAUCAGUCAGGAAGCAACACUGACGGUGACCGAGACUCAAGAAAUACUUUGUGAUGUUACAACACAUGAAAUAAAACAAGGAAUUGACUCUUCUCAGACACGUGAUGUAGCUCUUGAUGUUCCUGAGAGACAAGAUGCUGUAGGUGUAGAUCGAGCGGGUGGUGCUAACAUGGAGGGUUUGGAUGAUGUGGUCCCGUCUGCAGACGAACUCAGAUCAGCCAGGGUGGCCACAGGGCAGGUGUCUAUGUCCAGUAAAGACAUGGAGACCAGUGAAGGCAUGAUGGGGUCUGGACAGGCAGCUGAGGGGGAAACAACCCGGUCUGAUUACCAGAACACUCAGACUGAGCAGAGUGAGGGUGGAGAUCUGACUGUGGAUAAAGGCAGAGAAGAGAUCGUUUAUGACCAAGAGAUCAGAGAGGGAUUAGACAGUGCAUCCACUCAGGUAUCAUCAACAUAUAAUUCAGAGACUGAAGUGAUCGAUGAGACCUUGUGUUCGGUGCUGGAAACAGGCCCAGGCUCAGCAGAGACAGGAGCUGCAGGUUUGAUUGCAACAAGUGAAGCAGCCGAAGAGGCUGAAUACUUUGUUCAGAGUCAGAUGAUUGUAGAAGCAGCGGCGGCGGCGGCAGCAAGCCCAAACACAGUGAAGGAAGCUGGUUCGACCGAGGUAGAGUUGAAAUCUCCCCAUGAUGCGAGUGUGUCUGCUGCUGCAGGUGCAGGUGAGGUGAGUCCUGUUGAGCUUCAGACAGUCAUCAGCCAAACUCCUCGGAACAAAUCCAGAAAGGGGAAAAAAGACUCCAUCAAAAGUCCAAAAAGCCCGUCUGGAAAGUGUAAGCAACAGUGACUUCCUUCAGUUUGAAGCCGUGUUAACAAAUAUACUAUAGUUCCCCUUUACCUUCAAAUACGGAGGAUGUACGACACAGUUCAGGGGGAAAUUUCUAUCAGUCAAUUUAAAUCUGCAGCAACCUUUUUAACAAAAGCUUCCUCUUGAAGGUCAAACCCUCUGGACUCUCACCUGUCACUGAAAACUUUAAAUACCAAUGGAAAGUGUGUGGAAUGUGUUUUGCUUGUGUGUCAAUUAAUCAUAAUCAAAAAAUGUAAUGCAGAUUUUAUAGUUUGGAUUGUACAAAUCACUGGUGUGUUUCUGGUGGUGGGACAACUCGUUUCUUUACAGUUAUCUUCCACAUUUAGCGGUUAAGGAAUCAUAAAUGAGUAUUUGGUCAUUAUUAACUCUCCCUCAUGCCGACGGAUUCUCCUAAACACUGAAGUAGAAAGGCACUUUUUUAAAAAGAAAAGUAAAAACACAUAAAGUGGCUCCAUACAGUCUGGCUGUCACACAGUGGAGGAUAAAAACUCUCUGUUGGCACUGAGGCGAGUAGAUAGAGUUAAAAAUGUGGUGAGCUGAUCCUUUUAAUGUCUCACAUAAUGUAUCCUUUUCUUUGACUGUUUAACCACAAUUGUGUCGGAGGCGUCUCUUCCUACUCUGCAUUAGAUGAAAUGUAAACGUUAACGAGACAGAACAUGUUGAACAGGUUGUGAGAGAUAAGCUGCUUGUCUGCUCCUGCAUGUGGGGGCUGGUGAGUUACAGCAGAAGAUUUGUGUCUUGUCAGGUGAUUAUUCUUUUCCCCUAUAUCACUAUUUUUUUUAGUAAAAACUCAUUUUGUGAAUUCUGAAUACUGUCUUCAUUUCAUUUAAGAAGUCAGGCUGUUGGACACACAGUAACACACAGUCAGUGUGCUUUUUCCUUUUGUUUUGUUCCUUUUUUCUCCUUUUUAAACUUGUAUAAUAAGAGAAUCUGACGGUGUCUUAGAGGUUACUGAGCUCGCUCAGCUUCAACCUGUAAUUACAGGCAAGCAGCUUGAUGGACGAGAUAACCGAAGCAGCCGCUCCUCCAAAGACAUCAUCCCUGACUCAAACGUCACUGUACACCGAAAGACUAAUACUUUAACACAUUCGAGUUCAGAUUCUGUAUUGUUUUUAUCACAAUACUUGCUGCCAUGAAGAUUAUUUUAAAGGACUGAGAGCAAUAAAGAAAUUC